UAACCCCAAAAAAUCCGUUUUCACAUUUUGUACAUAGAAGAGGAAAACGAAACGAAGAAUGUGCGAGUAAUAUAAAUUCAAAAAUUGAACCUCUCCGUGAUCAUGUGGGCCGACACGGUUUUGAUUGUAUUUAUUAGUAUAUGCACGGCAUUAUUAGGAGAAGGAUUAACAUGGCUGAUGGUGUAUAGGACGGAAAAAUAUCAAAAACUGAAAGCUGAGGUUGAAAAACAGAGUAAAAAACUGGAGAAAAUGAAAGAAGCACAUGGGGACUCACUGGAUAAGCAACAGAAAAAGAAGAUUGAACGGGAAGAGGAGAGACUGAAAAAUAAUAAUCGAGACUUGUCGCUCGUUAAAAUGAAGUCCAUGUUUGCGAUUGGUUUUGCAUUUACUGCUCUUUUGAGCAUGUUUAAUAGCAUCUUUGACGGCAGAGUAGUUGCUAAGUUACCGUUUGUGCCUAUUGGCUGGAUUCAAGGAGUUUCUCAUAGGAAUUUACCUGGUGACGAUUACACGGAGUGUUCCUUUAUAUUUCUGUACUUACUUUGCACCAUGAGUAUCAGACAAAAUGUUCAGAAGAUGCUAGGGUUUGCUCCAUCCAGAACAGCGAGUAAACAAAGUGGAAGCAUCUUUGGUCCUCCGCAGCAGCAAUUCAAGUAAUGUAAAGCCUGAGGAAUACAAAUAAAUCAAUUAAUAUAUUUACUA